AUGACCUUCUUCUAUGGAUUAGAGCGCACAUGGAUCAGUAGAACAAACUACAAAGCCCUCAGCAGCCAAUCUAAGGCCUCAAACAAACGAACAGACAGGAAAUUCUACCAAAUCGGACUCCUCCAGGUGGAAAGAUAUCAGGAGAUUAUGUGGGGUGACCGGCGUAACUUAAGAGAUCUGAACAGGACUCCUGCAGGCUUGACGGAGUCUCCAGAGCCGGGGCAGGGAGGCCAGAGCAAGGGUGGUCGGGCCUCUCUAGGCGAUAUGCGCAGGCCAAAAUCAGCCCGCCAGAACUCGAGCAACCAGAGCCAGGGUGGCCAGGAUCAAGCCAGCGAGCACCAUGGUAAUAAAAGCCAGAAUGAUCAGAACUAA